AUGCAAGCUCACGAUCACAAAGUCAUCUUUGUUCACGCCAGUCACAAACAGAUUCUGAUUCCUUCCACCUUCCGGGUCUUGCACCAUGCGUCCUCCUACGACGUCAUUCUCAAGGCUUUCCUCGACUCGGCUUAUCGCGCAUUGAGACACGAGGCAGACACUGCUGCACGGACCACCAUCAAUGGUCACCAAAAAGGCUUCAUCCUUCCCAACACCUUCGAACAAUUGGUAGAGGGUGCUUCUAUCCACAACCUGCAAAGCUAUGCAUUGUCUCUGACAACCCUGGCACAGAUCGGCAUAGUGCUGGCAACCAAAUCUGACCUCAAAGAGGCGAUGCGAGGCGACUUUGCUGCCAUCUGGGAUCCCGAAUCGAGCUUGACCAUGACACUCCUUCGAGAACUCGAUGUCACUUGCAGCCUGUCUCUGAUCUCAAACACUAUCGAGGCAAUCAAGCUCGCGUGCUGGCUCGACUAUUCCCUUAACAUCGGCGAUCCGCACGGUUUCAAAAGCGGUAUUCAGAGGCUGACGCUCUGCGGACGCACAGAGACCAACGCGGUCAUGGCUCAAAAAUUUCGAGACGACGGCGUGCGCAUCGCUGAAACGAUCGCCGGAUAUGCGAUCGAGAUUGCGAACAAUGCGAAACUGCUGCUUGACGAGGACGAACGGAAACCGUGCAGGGUCUUGGUAAUCGAGCGAUCGUGCAUCCCUGCUUUGAGCACGAACCAAUGGGGGCAGCUGCGGGCCGAGCUGCAGGCACAUCUGCAACAGAGACAGAUCCGAGUUGCUCUCGUUGGCGAAACGAUGUCCCAGCCACAGUCUGUCACGGCGACCAACCUAUCCUUCGAUCUCUCUCAGCUCUUCUCGAGCCUUGAUUUUGGCCGAUCAUCACAGCAUUUUGAGACUGCCUUGAAUCUCAUGCGAAAACAACUGGCCUCGUCGCGCCUCUACUCUGCCCGCGUCGAGCUCCUUCUGUUGGGUGGAACGAUGCUAGACAGCUGUGUGCAGUCCUCAGCUAAAGCCUUCGACUCUCUGCAGAUCGCCCAUGCCCCGGUGAAGCUCCUCCACCUUCUCCAACCCAAGGACUCCUACCGAUUUGCAGACGAGCCUGUCAAGCUGUCCAGAGUGCAGGGAAACCCUUGUCAGCAGAUUGCAAUCAUCGGGAUGUCCUGCAGAGUGCCCGGGGCUAACGACGCGGACGAGCUGUGGCAGCUGCUUAAAGAAGGAAAGAGCACGUGCGAAGAGAUCCCUGCCCACCUGUAUCGCUACCAGGACUACCAUUCAGAAUCGUACCGGGACCGCAAUGUAAUGCGCGUCAAGACCGGAAACUUCAUCGCCAGCGCGAGCUCGUUCGACAAUAGCUUUUCCAGCGAAGCCGCAUCCCGCCCGGACUGCGCCAAGAUAGACCCUCAGCAGAGACUGGCCAUCCUCACCGCGCACGAGACACUGCAGCGCGCUGGAUACGGGUUCUCGCCGUACCGACACCCUAAACAACCAGAGCAGUGGAGCACGCAUCUCGCCUACUGCAGCGACGACUACCGCGAACAUCUCAGUCAGAACAUUGACGCCGACUUUGUCUCCAACACCCAUCGAGCCCACCUAGUCGCCAAGCUCAACGAGACCUUCGGCUUCAGAGGACAAGCAUGCACGUACGGCACGGCGUGCAGUUCUGCUCUGGUCGCUGUCGAAGCAGCUUGCAGUGGCUUGCUGGCCGGACAUUCGGCGGUAGCUCUCACAGGAGGCGUCAACAUUCUCACCCAGCCGCAGAUCACGAUUGGCUUGGACAGAGGCUUCUUCCUCUCGGCGUCGUCCCAAUGCAUGACGCUCGAUGAUGCAGGUGCCGGCUACUCUCGCGCCGAUGCAGUCUCGAUCAUGCUGCUUAAACGUCUCACCGACGCUGUACGAGACGGCGAUCCGAUUCUGGCAGUUAUCUCGUCCGCUGCCACCAAUCACUCAGGAGAGUCCUUCUCCAUCACGCACCCUCAUGGUCCCACGCAGAGGAGGUUGUACCAGUCCGGCAUGCUCGCCAGCAAGACGCUGCCGCAUAAUUUCAGCUACAUCGAGAUGCAUGGCACGGGAACGCAGAGCGGAGACUUCGAGGAAGUCACCGGUAUCGUCCAGACCUUUGGCGAGGGCAAAAGGGAUUCGACAUCACCACUCGUUCUCGGCUCUGUCAAGGCAAACAUCGGCCACUCAGAAGCCGCAUCAGGCGCCAGCAGUAUCGUGAAGACCAUCAAAAUCUAUGAGCACGGCGAGGUCCCCCGGCACGUUGGCAUCCGCACCAAGCUCAACACCAAACUACCGCCGCUCGACGGACUGCAUGUGCCUAUGCAGGAGACCAAGCUAGACAGAGUCAACGAGGGGUUUACGCUUGUCGAUAACUUCUCAGCAGCAGGCGGCAACUCUUCCAUUGUCAUGGAUCGAGGCACUGCGUACCGAGAACGACUUUCAGCCAUGAGCAAGCAUGCUCUUGCUAUUUUCCACUCGACUCAAAAGCACCGUCAUGCAUCCGAUGCCAAGCAUCAUCUCCUGUUCGUCACGGCUGCUACGCCCUUCUCGUUGGACGCCAAGCGACGCAGGCUGAUCUCUUUCUUAGAUGCAAACAAGCAAGUCAGUUUGACCGAAUUCUGCAGCACGGUCUCCCUCGGUGAAGCCAUGUUCCCUUACCGUCUAAUCGCGACUCCUGCCAACAUGGGUGAGGUAAGGACGUGCCUCAGCAGUCAAGAAUCUGUUCAGGUCGACUCCAAGCACCUCGGCCAAGAGAAGGCUCACACCAUCGGCAUAGCCUUCAGCGGUCAAGGCGCUCAGUAUCUCGACAUGGCAAGGGAGCUUUACGAACACAGUGCCGCCUUCCGUAGCCAUGUCGACCACUGCAACGUCAUCGCCCUGAGCGCAACGCUUCCGAAUUUGGUCGAGGUCAUGCACCCGCUCAAGACGCAGCCGAACGCCGCACAAAUCGAUCCAAAACAGGAGCGCACAGCAGACAGCUUCCAAGCAGCACAGUAUCAGCUGGCGUUGGUCGCUACCGAGGUUGGGUUGACAUCGAUGCUUCUCGAUUGGGGCCUCAAACCUUCCUGUGCCGUGGGGCACUCCCUUGGCGAAUACGUGGCGCUUUGGCUGUCUGGCGUCGUUUCUCUGCGCAGUCUAAUUGAGCUUGUUGGCCACCGUGCCAUGCUGAUGAUGGAGCUAUGCAGUCCCAAUGCGUCCUCCAUGUUGGCCAUUCGAGAAGGCCACGAAAAGGUAGGGGAGCUGUUGCAGCAGGCUGGCUACGAGCUACUCGAGAUCGCUUGCGUCAACAGUCCAAAGGACACCGUGGUGGCAGGCUGCAACGACGACAUCGAAAAGCUGCGAAGGUUUUGCGAGCAGUGCGAUCCCAAGAUCAAAGCAAUGGCAAUCCCAGUUCCCUACGCAUUCCAUUCCAAGGCGGUCGACCCUCUCAUGGCUGAGUAUGCUGAGGUGGUUAUGCUUCACACUUUCUUCAAGCCCAACAUUGCUAUUGCCUCCAACUUGCUAGGCAAGGUGGUCGACGCCGAAAGCUCCGAAUUUACUGGGCGGUACCUUGUCUCUCACAUGCGCGGGCGAGUGUUGUUCUCGGAUUCUAUCAGAGACUUGCAGAAGAAGCUGAAAGUCGACACUUGGAUCGAGCUGGGACCCCAUCCGACGUGCACACCGAUGCUCAAGGGCUGCUACGCAGAGACAGAGCACAUGCCCGUAUUUUUCACUUCCCUUCGACGCGGGACCUCAUCGUGGUCGUCGACGUUGAGCCUGGUCAAGGAUCUCGCCUCGCGUGGAAUCGACCUCAAUUGGGACAAGGUAUUUUCCGACCUAGGUCUUCGCUUCUGCCAUCACGGUCUCGCAGCAGAUCUUCCGCUGUAUCCGUUCGAUCUCGAUGAGUAUUGGGUGCCUUUUAAAGAUCGAGGGCUCCGAGACCAUCUCAUAGCCAAGGCGGGCCACCUAUCAGCUCGUGACGAGGGUCCUAGCGAAAGCACGGCGGCUGUCCAGCCGAUGAAAUUGCCCAAGCCAGUGCAUGCUUUGCUGUGGCAGUGUGUCCAGCUCGAGGCCACGCCGCCUUCAGCGAUCAUGCUUGCCCGUGUCAAUCAGCAGCCCUUCCGCGACUUUAUCCGAGGACACAUCAUCCUCGGCGUUCCCUUGGCGCCAGCUACUGUGUUUGUCGAGCUGGCACAAGAGGUUGGAAUGUAUUGGUGGCGUGCAGACCCCUGCAGGCAGAAACCUUUGGCUCAGACGGAAGAGGACGUCGUCAUUCUAGUGCUCGAUCUGUCAAUGGUCGCUUCGCUUUAUCUCAACGAGCAUGAUCCCAAGCAGACCAUCGAAGUCUCGCUGCAAGGCAAUCCCACGUCGGCGGAUGGCUCCAUCGUUCAAUUCUUCUCGCACAGCGAACAACAGCAUCAGAAGCACCAAUAUGGCUCGUGUCGUAUCCGCAUCGCGACGCAGGAUCAAGUUGUCCGAGAGUGGAACAAGCUGCGUCAUCUCGUCCUGAAGGCGGCUUCGACAAUCAGAGAGCAGCCUGCUUGCAUGAUUAAGACUGACACAAUCUACCGAAAUUUUGAGGCCAUUGUCCUCUACCUCGACGGCUUCCGAGGGAUGAACACCGUCUGGAUAACCGAGCGCGGCGAUGAAGCGGUAUCUGAGGUGAGCUACAAUGCUCAAGCUGUCUCCGGUCGCUUCGUGUGCAGUCCAAUGCUGCUUGACAGCCUUGGCGGACUUACCGGCUUCAUCAGCAACGUCAGCUUUGCCGAAGGCCCUUUUGUGUACAUGGCCGAGGCCAUCGGCAGGAUCGUUACGAUGCCGGGCCUGAGCAAGAUUCAGCCUGGCAGUGCUACAAAGGUGCAGGCAUAUACCCGUAUGGAGCAAGACAAUGAGCUGUCAAACGGUUCCGUCUACUUUUUCCAGCACGACGGCGAGCUGAUGGGCAUGAUGGAGAACAUCGCCUUCAAGCGCAUCCGCCGAGACAUGCUAAGAAGGCUGGUCCAGCUAUCUUUGAAGGCAUUUGCAAGCGAAGCAGCCAAAGCAGCCAAGAGUAACGACACACCUAAAAUCGGUUGCACACAGGGUUUCGACGCCCGCCAGGCUACGCAGGCAGACGUGCCUCAGAGCAAGUCGUAUCUGUCAUCGAAGCCAAUGCCAAUAGCGCCGAGCUUUCCAACAGCUCGGCACCAGCAAGCUGAAUCUCCCAUGGACGAACUCACCAGUCCCGACAGACUCUUUUCCUUCUCGGCCCCGCUGCACAUUGGAGGACCUCAGCUGAGACACUUCGAUGGACAUGAUGUACUCGUUCUUUUUCCAGAUGGCAGCGGCAUAGCACAGAUGCUUCCCAAAGUGCAAGUGGCGGGCUCGCUCUCCGUAUACAGCUUCGACUCGCCGUACUUGGGCAAAACCGGAGGGUGGAGUCGAGGUAUCGCUGAGCUGAUCGACCGUUACAUUGAGCUGCUCUGCCGCGUGCAGACGCGAGGGCCGUAUAAGCUAGCGGGGUGGAGCAUCGGAGGAAUCUUUGCUUUCGAGGUGGCUCGUCGGCUGCUGUCGACCGGUCACGACGUCACGUUUGUUGGACUCAUCGACACGCCGAAUCCACGCCAGAUCCGGCCGCUACCAGCAGACACACUCGACGAUAUGCUGAAGCGCAUCACAUCCACCACUGUGCGCGAGCACUUCAGAUCGUGCGCAUUGAGCUUGCCCGAAUAUCGGUGCUUGGCUCCUCAAGCCGCGGAUCGGCAGCCCGGGAAAGUCAUGAUCGUCAACGCCAGCGACGAUUCAAAGCUGAAGGGCGUGAUGGCAAGCGAGCAGGAAUGGCGCUCGUUCUGGCCAACCACGGCCAAGAUCGAAUUCGACCAUGUCAGUGGUGACCACUGGACGUGCCUCGAGCCUGCUCUCAGCCUUGUCGUGCGCGGCGCCCAAUGCUAA